CCUGUCUGUAGAGGGCGUUAAAUUAUUUUUUUUUUACCUGUUCCACGUUAAGUCGUCUCAAAUUACGUUUAUUGAAGAGUUGAUUUGCUUACGUGUUCAAGUUCAGCAUUUCUUUGGAAUGUUGUGUUUGAAUCACAAAUGAAGGAUUUCUAUCCAUCUGCAGAUUUAUUUCCUUGGAAAUAACAAGACAAUGGCUUCAUGUGAAAUGUAACAUGCAUUUCUUAUAAUUCCACCUGGAGAGACGCAGCAUGACCCUGCUGGUCAUCUUGUAAUGUGGUAGGCCUACCAUCCAUCCAGUCUGUCUAACUGAAUCAGUGUAACAGUCAGUGGAUGUGACGAUGGUCCUAGAGGCAAAGGAUGCUAUGUCCGUCGUGGCAACAUUAUCGACUAUUGCACUCCUCCUAACAGGAAUACAAAUUUGCAUGAAGAUCAGAAGGCAAGGGAAUACCACUAAUGUUUCCAUCUUUCCAUUUCUGGCUUCUGACAUCAGUUGUGUUAUAUGGUUGAAGUACGGAAUUCUCAAGGAAGACACAGCACUGAUUAUCGUCAAUGCAGCCGGAGUCAUUCUUCAAUCCAUUUACAUCCUCAUCUUCUACAUCCACGACUUUGAGAAGGUUGCAGUCCACAGAAAGCUGUCGUUUGCCGGUCUUUUUAUUUUCCCAGUCCUUAUCUACAUCAAGUUCUUCGUGGAUGACAUCGGCACAGCUCUGGGCCAUCUAGGUCUCAUUGGUUGCUGCUGCUCAGUGGUCAUGUAUGGUUCCCCUCUGAGCACACUGGCGGACGUGAUUCGGACCCAGAGCACAGCUUCCAUGGCCUUCCCAUUAAGCCUUGCCAACUUCCUGGUCGCGCUGGAGUGGGCAGUCUAUGGUCACAUCAUCACGGACAACUUCGUUAAGAUACCAAACAUCAUCGGUGCCCUGCUUGGGUUCUUCCAAGUCAUGUUGUUCUAUUGCUAUUCAGGGUCACCAAGUACGGGGAACCAGCCAGUGGGACAGGUCAGGAAUGUAUGAGAACGGAGCCACACAAAUCACCGGUAACCAUAGUAAUUUAUCCACCACAUACCACCUAUUGGCCGUACACGUUUGACGAUUCCCUCUGUGACGGUCUCACAUUUUGUUGCAGGGAAAUAUGUGGUGCUGAAGAUUUGAACCCACUUACACAUAGGUAUAUUUAUAUCCAUUGUAUGAUAGAUUUCAUAUUUUGAGUUACGCACGCACACAGAUGUCAUUCCGACUCAAGAAAAAGAUUAUAAUAAAUGCUGUUGAGUGAAUGUGGACCAGAGGACCUUAAACUACUGCUACUCCAACUUUAUUUUCUAGUUCUAUCUGUCUUCAUUUCAAAUUCCAAAACACCUAUAUUUCCUGGGACCCAAUUGUUCGAAGAUGUUUUGUUUAUUCUCUUACUAUCUUGUUUAUAGAUCACAUUUUUUUCAUGUUCUCUCUUGUAUUAUAACUUUCAUUUUUAAACUGAAAUUCCAUCGGUCAAGAAGUCUGUAAAACAUUGACACAAACUGUAUUGUUACAAUAUGACAUGAAUGAUCGUAAACCGUAUGUCUGUCAAAGCAUGGCAAAAAUGCUUGGAUUGUCAACACGGUGUGGAGAAGCAUAACAGAAUAGGGUGGUAUUUGUAGUCUACUGAAGAAUAGAGUGUCAGAUCAAAGGUCACAGGUCAAAGGUCAGGAGGGGCACUGGAACUCGGCCACAAACUCAUGGCCUAUGUGUGGGUAUUGCUGCUGUAUGAUGGUGCUUUCAUUUGUUCAUGCCUUGAGAUGAAACAGUAACUUCUGAUAUGAAGCCUUUGAAAUUUGGAGCAGAGUAGGAACGAGGAGCUUGAGCAAUCAAUGCAUUCAUAAGGAAAUUUAUUACACACCUGUGUCAGUAUUUGGUCAAGUUUUUGCUGGUAUGCUUAGUGGUCUGUCUGACAACCUUAAUUCUUAAAGGGUCGAAAAUUACCCGGUGUCUGAACAGAUUGAUGCAAAACUAUUUGGCUGUCUGUUGUCAAAGAAUUAAUUUACUCCUUCUCAGGUGUUGAUGGAUGUAAAGAGAAAUAGAAAAGCUACAUUGUCACACGUGCACAUUAUGAAACGCUCGGAACACUCUGAAAGUCAAUUUCUAGGGUACAGGUGAAUCAAUUAGUUCUAUACGUAACUUUCAAUUUUAGCUUCAAAUCCAGCCUUUACGGUAUUGACUUUUUGCUAUGUCUACAUGAUGUAUGGUGUCUGCGGCUUCAGCCAACAUUGCCUCAGGGUUGUUUCAUCGUGUAGAGUAUUGGGCAUGGAAUCUGGUAUUUCAACGCUGUUACUUUUGACUGUUUGUAUUGGCAUUUGUUUGGUUAAAUGUGUUCAUGGCCUCUGCUUUUGGAAGCCUGUUUGUCAAGUUGGUCUACUCUUGUGUUUUAAUCGAUUACUAAUCCCCAUAGGGGCGUUAAUACCCAGAUGUGAAUAACUUGUAGCUCACAGAGCAGUACUUUCUAAGGCUACUGUCUGGACUUGAAAUCAAGGCCAUGCUCUGGCCAAAUUUUGUAUGCAGAUGAAGCCAUGGCAACUGGCUUAGCACAACUUGUUCCUUACUUUCGAUUGAUAAUGGGGCCAACAUUUUGAUGUCAUUUCAAGUUUUAUCUGUCAUUUGUUUACUGAGAUAAAGCUAGUGUUCAGACUCCACUUUUCAUUUCGUCAUUUAAACAACCUCGUAAGGGGAAAAAAAACAAAAAUUAGACAGGACAUUUCGCCAGCAGCUUGUGCUUCUGUAUCUGAACAAGUUUGAUAAAAAGACAUUUUAAGGAUUUAAGAAAUAGGAAUCCAUUUAGGAGAGUGGGACUACUUCACUAUCAUUUCCUAGAAUUAAUUACAAUGUGUAUUUUAAUCAUGUUAAUAUUACAAAAUUUUUAAAUGUAAAAUCUACUCGCCCAACUAUUUAACAGUGUCACUGAUUUCCAGAGUUGGAGAAUCUGUAAGUAAACAGACCUAUGUACUGAUGACGUCACUCUUGGUUGUCACAUACAUUUUUCCUGUGGAGCCAGUUGGGGUCAAGGGUCGACGAACCAUACACAAACAAAGCGCGGCAUGAUCAGUACAGAGGUAAAUGUAUAUUCAACCGCCUGUCUAAGGACCAAGAUUUCAAACGAAAAAUUGAAAUGAAUCAUUGCUGUGCUUGAAGCCACAAUGUGCAUCCACUGUACUUGCCCUCCUCUUUUUCUGGCGACAUUUACAAUUUUUGUUGUCUGUGAAGUGGAAACAUUUCUGUACAUACUUCUUGUCGGUGACUUUGAUGAGCGGCCCUUUCUGUACGGUCGACAUAUCGGUAACUGUUUUUCUCAGAGGAUAGAUUUUACUCUGUAUUAUCCCACUGCACGUGUAAGUUGUCCUCAACCCAACCGUACAAUCUGCAUCUGUGAAUUUGUCGUUGCAUUAGUUAUCAAUGUUCAGAUUCUGUUUCACAGGGUCAUUACUUGUUUUAAAAGCUGACUUGCAAAUGUACAAUGAGCUGCUUGGUUUUAAAAGUGCAUUGAACUUAGGGGGGAGGGUUACUUGUUUGUGUCCUUCACGAUUCUGUUUCAUUAGUCAAAUAAUUUUUGGACUGUGUGUUUAUUAUAUCGCCAUAAGCUGAUGAUAAAUAUUAGUCACCUUUCCUUCAGAAAUGUGGUUCUCCAAUCAUUUUUUUCCCUUUCAUUUCCAGUGUUUAAGGACGGUUUAUAUGAGUUUUUUGUGCUUGUUUUUGGAUAGUUUGGUAAUGUUACAGAGGGGAAGGCAUGUUUUAACCCUAACCCCCUAAGGUGUAAGUAAAAUCGUAUUGAAAUUGCAGGAUUUGAGACUAUUGGGGUUAAAUAAUAAAACACAUUCUGCCCAAAGAAAUUAUA